GAUAGCCUUCUACUCCCGUCAGCUCCUUCCCGCCGAGAUAAACUACAUCGUUGAUGAACGUGAGUGCACGUGAGGUCGCCGGCAUUGUGUUUGACCGAGUCGUUCGUUACCACGGCUUACCUCUGAGCAUCAUAUCUGACCAUGACCCGCGCUUUACACGUCGAUUCUGGCGACGGCUCCACGAGGUGUACGACACUCAGCUUUGCUUCUCCUCGUCUUACCUUCCUCAGACUGAUGGUCAGACCGAGAUCACGAACAGGACUCUCGGAGAUAUUCUCCGAAAGAUUGUUCGUGACGACCAGCAGUGGGAUCUCCAUCUUGCCCCCGCGGAGAUAGCCUACAACCACGCCGUCUCGCCAACCACGGGGAUGUCGCCUUACUAUUGCGACCUCAGCUAUCACCCUCAUGUUCCCGCGGACUUCCUUCGACCGUCACAGAUGCACCCCGACACGAGUUGUCCCGCGCUGGAUGAUUGGGUUGCACACAUGACGUCGAUCACGAAGACCGCACAUGAGCACAUGGCAGCACGUGCGAACCGAUCGAGGAUGGACCAUCCAUUCAAAGUCGGUGAUGAUGUGCUUGUCGACGCCCGCCACUUACAGCUCGACUCGGAAGCGGACACGCUUCGCAAGUUUCGGCGUCGCUUCUUUGGCCCAUGCUGCAUCCUCCAGGUCGUCGGUUCUGAUACAGCUUCUAGCCCGGUCAGCUUCCGUGUGAAGCUGCCCGACUACCUACGCCAGACUCGUGUGCACGAUGUCUACCACGUCUCGUUACUGCGUCCUUACCGCAGACUGUCUGAGCGUUUCGCUAGACGACCAUACGAGCGUCCUCCACCCAUCAUGGUGGACAGCCACGAGGAGUUCCUCGUUUCAGACAUCAUUGGUCGCCGAGUCACCGACAACAACCCCCGUCAUGUCGAGUAUCUCGUACGUUGGAAGGGUUACCCUGAUGAGGAGGCUACCUGGAAGCCUCUUGAGCACUUGCAGCACGCUUGCAUGUUGGUGCGUGCUUAUGAUCUUGCUUACCGGAAUGUUGAAGGCAUCAACGGUCACUGGCAAGCAUGUCACGAAGGAAUGUUGAAGCACCUCCAGGAGCAGUUGAAGAAACAUUUCACGAUCAAGGGGACACGGGGGAAGAAUGUGGGAAAGGGAUCUAAGUACUGGAGGUGCAACUACUACGACUUGAGGUUGGCCGGGACUGCCACGAGGCUCCGGGUUCACUUCUUGGACAUGUGCAACCUUGACAACGUAAUCGUCCCGUUGUCAGUGGAGGAGAGGGUGAGGAGGGAAGCUGAAAUGUUGGACGGGAAGUGCCUUGCUCACAUGUUGAUGCAGAUUGAGGCUGGAGGUGCUGGGCCCAGCAACAUGCCGACCGCUUCAAGUCAUGCACUGGAGUUUCCGAGCUCUCAGGCCGAUGGUGCAGACAUUACUGGCGAGACGGCCACACCUCAGACCACUGGGGGCACCGCUCUUGGAUCGAAGCCAAGUUCGGGGAGGCCACUAAGGCAGAUACCCGUCGGUACAAUGUUCUGGAAGUCUGUCUGCGUGGAGGGCAAGGAGAAGGAUUCGGCAACUUAUUUUCGGGUGUUAGACGACGUCAUAAAGGAAAUUGGAGCGGAUGCGGUCGUUGGUGUAGUCAUGGACAACGCAAGGGUGUGCGUGAAGGCAGGCAAGAUGGUGGAUCCCGCCUAUCCGACCAUCUUCAGCGUCGGUUGUACGGUACAUGCGCUGGACCUCGCGCUGGAGGAUAUGUACAAGGAAAUGCCUUGGAUGGCGCAGGUGGUCGAUGCUGGCAACAAGGUCGGUCGUUUCUUCUCCAAUGUGGACAAAGCAAGGGCUUCGUUCCACCAUUACUCCCCGAAGACAAAGAUGAAGCGUCCGACGGUGACCAGAUUCGCAACGAACUUCGAGAUGUUGCAGUCGCUCAAGGGAUUGCGGAAAGCUCUUGACCACUGUGUGUGCAACAAGGGGUGGGUGGACAAGAUGGUGCGGAAUGACCAGUUGGUGGCAUUCCAUGAUGUAACCACCAUCGUCCUUGACAAGGGCGGCUUCUGGAGGAAUUUGCAGAAGGUGCUUGAUGUCAUGCAGCCGGUGGUGGAGCUGCUCUGUUUGGUGGAUGGGCAAGGAGCAACCAUCUCAAAGGUUUACUUCAAGAUGGAUCAGGUUGUGCAGAAUCUGCAUGCCCUGGAAUCCUUAUCGGUGGAGGAGCACAAGGCGGUGAAGCGCAUCCUCAUGGGCCGCUGGGCUUUUCUGACAUACGAGCUACAUUGUGUUGCAGCCUUCUUGGACCCUGAGCAUCGGAUGCACAACGCACAGCGCGAUUCGGAGGUUCGUGUCGGGUUCAACAUUUGGUUGUACCUAUAAAUCCCCCUCGGCAGUGGACAGACGCGGCCGAGUCCGCAACCCCGCGGACGCGUCUGCGUGAAGGCACGUCUUCGCGGACGCGUGGCGGCCGCU